AUGGGAUCAACCACAACCACCAUGGACGACAUGAGCACCACGCCAGCCGACAAUAUCAACGUCGACACCUCUAGCCAACCACGGAAUCGUCCACGUCGGCGGAGCAAACUCCCGAAACAGAAACCAGACGCCCUACCUGGCAAGCGCGAACAGUCAAAACGUAUCGUCCAAGCCGAAGUGGACAAGGGCUUGAAUAGAGCGGACGCAGAGAGCCUGUCGGUGGACGGUGAGACGGAUGGUGAGGGAGAUAGCCAGGAUAGCAUAGCCAAUCAGAGGCUGAGGGAUUUGGCAAGUUCUUAUGACGACAUUUUCAAUCCUGGUCAGGGCGACGACGUGGAGAGUGAUCUAGAGUUGGAGCUGGAGCUCACCGCGUUCAGAAAGGAGGAGAUUAAACCUCGGUUCAAGUUGGCGCAGGAUGGCGUUGUUUGCUGCUUCUGCGGCGCGGUCACUCCGGACAACAUGCAACAUUUGACGACUUACCCAGCAAUGCACGUUUGCCGCAGCUGCCUCACAAAACAGGAACGUGUAGCCCUUGCUCCGGUCCGACAAGAGGCUCCGACAGACAACAACAUCAACUUCAUUCGGAUACACGGGGAGCAGCUGAAGAAUCUGGAGAGAGAUGUGCGACUCAACCUCUUUGGGUGGAUCCCCAAGAAACCUAUUGCAUCCGAACAGAUUGAAGGCCUGAUGAAGAGCUCCAUUAUACCCAACAACACUAACGAGCAGGAUCUUCAGCGGAGUAAAGCGGUGAACACGGACGAGGAGACAUGGGUCGAUCAGCCGUGUAGAGGACAGUCGUUAGUUGCUGGCGGAAUGAGUUGGACUGCUGAGGAAAGCAACCUCUUCUUCCAGGGACUACGGAGGUUCGGAAAGCACAACGUCUGGGCGAUUCAGGAGUUUAUCCAUUCGCGAUCAUUGGCGGAAGUGGUGACGAUGGUUGAGACUAUGGAGAUGGAAGUGGGUCGGCGCAAGACUCUCGGGCUGAAGACGAUUCGACUGAGCGAGAUGCCCAUGGCGACAGAGGUGGAUGAUCAGGUGAUUGCACUUGAGGAGGUGUGUGCGUCUAGGCUGAUAGACCUGGAGAUGACGACAUUCUGGAAACAACAUGCCAAAUCGCCUGCCGAGUCUACCCCAAAGGUCGUGGAAAAAUCGCGACUUUUCAACAUGCGAACGCUCUCCGAUCUCUCCUCUCGUCUUUAUAUCCAAAACGAAGACGCCGCCAUGGAGAGAGAAGUUGUCUUGAGCCUCUACGACGCUCUCAAGGAAUGGCUCACUCCCGUGGUCAAGGAACUGGUCGUGUUGCAGCAUGAGCGCCAUCGCGUCACCGCCUUGCUUACGAAGGAAGAAUGUGUUGACACGCCCAGUAUCACGGAGAUGGAUGUCAUCCGUACACUUCAAGCAAGGCAGCUUCCGUUGGACGUCGAUGCCUUUUUCAGCACUGCUCAUAACCGGUUACAGUAUAUGCUCUUUGAUGACAGCGCAGUGGUUCCAGAAACGAUGUCAAACGGUCCACAGUACACUCCAUCGGCUCUGUCGGACUACGGGAAACAGUAUUAUUUGAACGCGACAGCGGAUUUGAAGGAGGCGGAGGAAGCGGACUCGGAUCAGGACAUGGACACAUAUGACGGUGUGCUUGCGGAGGAGGCAGAAGACGAUAUCAUGGAGGCGCCUCUCCCAGUUCUUCGCCCUUUACUCGAUCCACAGAGUAUCAAUUCAGGCGGCGAGCUGGCUGCCCAGAUUAACAAGGAACAAGGACCGUCGCCUCAGCAGUGGAGGUCAUUCAGGUCGACACGAGCGCAAGAAGCGCAAGGAAGUUCUGCAGAUGUUGCGAGCGAUAUUGCAGAAGGACGUCUAACGGUCCAGCUCCAGUCAUCUGAAAGCUUACCGACAAUGUCCUACGAAACGUGGAGAGAGGAUGUGGCGAGACUGGAAGAUAGCAGCCUUACUUUGUUAAGCGCAGUAGGUGCUACCGAUAAUCGCUUGAACAAACAUGCCUUGAUCACGAACGUCCAGAGCAUGAACAAGACUGAGCGGUCAUACGAACAGCGCCUCUAUCUGGAGCCACUCUCGACGAUUCCUCCGUCCGCACAGCUGGAAGUGAACAAACUGAAGCGGAUAGCUGCACAUGUCUCCGCCCUGGAUUCAGAGUGCAGAGUGCAGUCCAGGUACAAGAACUCGGAGCAGCCUGGAUAUGGACCGCUACCCAAGAAUGCAUCACUGCUACUGGACCCAACGCGUGUGGCGCCAACAACAGGAUACGGAGUUGGGAAGCGAGACCGAGGCGGGCUGUGGCAGAUGGACAGGUGUGUCGAUGACUCGGGAUAUAUCACCGUCUCUGAUUCGGAUGACGAGGAGGAGGAGGACCUUGGAUGUCAGCGCCAGAUGAACGCAGACGCGAACAUCGAGAGGGCCUCGCAGGUGCUAGGAUGGAAGGAUAUCUUUCCUGUUGGCACUGGCAGCAGUAUUAGCAGCAAGAGGCAGAAACGAGAUUCGGGUCCCAUUGACCCUGUCCCUGCAUAUUAA